AUGACUACUGAUUCUUCUUCUUCAUACAUGGACCCAUCGGAAACGGAAUACAUUAAGACGACCCAGACAUCGAAAAAGGAUAUGAGCAAGGUGGUAGCUCUCCGUAGCUUCAGGAAAGAGAAGGCAACGAAUGUUGCCUCAGAAGACCAGCCUGGCAUCAGCCGGGUGAUCAGAAGGGAAGGCCUCCGAAGUGCCAGGUCUCAGCGCGACAAAGGAGCAGAUGAUCCAAGAUCAAGGUCACGAUCAAGAUCCUCCAUGGAGAGAGAUGGGUCCUCAUCAGAUUAUGGAUCAACGGAUGGACAGCAAGGAAAGAAGGUAGAAAAGGAAGAGAAAUGGGAUAUUCCCAGAAAAGAAAACGGGGAAACGGACGAGGAACUUUUCUUGGAAAAAGUAACUCGUGGAAGAGGAAGGAGGGAAACGACAGGAGAGUAUAGGAAGAAAAAGGAAUUCAUGGCAAAAAGGGAAAUAUACCUGGAAAAGGUAAAAGAGGAUAAGCUCAUGAAGGCCUUGCAAAAUCCAUCCGAAGAAUUCCGGGACUGCUCACAAGAUCGCAAGUAUAAAGCAGAACUUGCGAGAUUAACGGAGCACUGGGAGGAAGCCCCCUUCAGAGAUGUAACUGCAUCGGUGUUGGAAGCAUCAAUGAAGAUCUUAGGGUUUUCUGUAAAAUCUAAGAACUUAAAGGGGACACAUGUCAAAACGCUCAGGGAUGCAUCUGCUGCAAUAACAGCAGGGGCAAACAUGUCUAAGAAAAUAACCAGUGAAAAGAGCGGAGAAUACCUGGACAUAAUAGAGGAGCUGAAAAAUGAAAACAAAAAAUUAAAAACUGAAAUGGAGGAAAUGAGGAAAGAAAUGGAGGAAAUGAGAUGUACUCUACGAAGUAUAAGGGAAGCACCGCCGACAAUGAUGGUGUCCUCCCCGCCUCCAGAGUACCAAGGAAACAGUGGUUGGAGUAUAAGGGGGACAGCGCUGCCUGCAGCGGUGAUCCCCCCGCCUCCAACCAAUGUUGAGGAAAUAGAAAUAGGAGAAAGUUAUGCAAGAGGAAGGAUUUCGCCCCCAUUGGCAGAUCUAGGAAAAGAAGAGGAAAAGACAAUAGGGGUAAUUGAAGUCCAAAAGGGCCCCAUAAGGACUAAUAAAAUACACCCCAUUAAGGAAGAAAACAGGGUCGCAAAAGAAAAGAAGGAGGGCCCCAAAAUUAAGGAAAACAUUAUGCUUAAUACAAGAGUGAGGCUAGAAAGAAAAGAAAGACCGGAAAGAAGGGAAGAGGAGAAUUUGGAAGGAAAAAUCACCGCCAUGGUACUUAAAGCCAUGAAUGAAUAUGCAAGACAAGAUAACAUACCACCAAAACGGGGGCCGGAAGGAAAUCCAAGCAAAGGAAAGAAGAAAAAGAAAGGGAGUGGAAAAAUAACAGGGGAUCAGUCAACAAAACAAGCUCUGGGGAGUAAGAAUAGGUCAGCAGAAAUGCAGACACCGCUACCUCAGAGGACUGAACACCCGACUAUGAAAAUGACAGAACAGGAAACGGAUAUGCCAACCACCCAGGAAACUUGGGUCCAAGGGCAGUACAGAGAACUCCUGGCGGAGGCAAAAAGAAAAAUUGAUCUUGACGACCUGGGGAUCCCAAAAAUUAAAACCCGAAUUGGUGCAACAGGUGUACUGAUUCUGGAGAUACCAGGGGAGGACAGGGGAGCCAAGGCCGAUACAUUGGCAGAAAAACUGAGGGAUGUUCUGGCUGAUAAGGCAAAGAUAAAUCGCCCCCAGAAAAUGGGAGAAAUUCGUCUAAGGGGACUGGAGAUCUCAACAGACGAAGAAGAAGCUAGAAGGAAAAUAGCAGAGAUUGCGGCAAAGAAAGCUUCCGAAAAAGGAGUCAUCACUAUAGGAUGGACGCAGGUAAAAGUGGAGUUGCUGAUGGCAAGACCGAUGCAAUGUUACAGAUGCAUGGAAAAAGGACACGUGCAAUACAACUGCACAAAUGAAACAAAUCGGAGAGGAAACUGUUAUAGAUGUGGAGAAUAUGGACACCUGGCUCGCGAUUGCGAAAAGAGAGUAAGGUGUCAUAUUUGCGCAGAGGCAGGGAUCUCAGCGGGUCACAGGAUGGGAGGACCUGCAUGUCACCCCCCUAAGAAAAGGAAGACUAAGAGGAAGCAGGAAGAGAUGGGGCAGGCGUCCACACCGAGGCCACCCACGCCCCCUGCUCCCCUAGAAGAGAAAGCGGAGAAAAAAAGGCAGGAGAAAGGUGUAGUAGAGGGGAUGGUAAUCCCACCUUCUUCAGCAUGCCCAAUCGUCCCCUCUGAGGACAAGUUGGAAAAGGUGGAGGAGAUGGACGGUCCACGUCCAUCUGUCCAAGAAGAGAGGAGAAGCGUCCUCGCCCAAAAGAAGAAAACGAGAGUGACGAAAGGGAGCAGCCGGGUGGGAAGAUCCAGGCUACAAGAUAUGGGAGGGACCAUCAAAAGGUACCUCCCAGGGCCCGUCAUCGCCGCCGGGGACUUCAAUGCGAAGUCGGAACUGUGGGGUUCCCGGCGGGGUGACGGGCGGGGGGAGGAGGUCGAAAACUGGGCCGCGGGCCUGGGUCUGCACCUUUUAAACAAGGGCAAGAAUUCCACAUUCGUGGGGUCGCAGGGGGAAUCAAUUAUUGAUUUAUCGUGGGUAACCCCUGCGGCCCUGGGGAGGGUACAGACCUGGAGGGUGGCGGACGAACUGGAGACGUUGUUGGACCAUCUCCUGAUAGAGAUGGAGCUGUCCGUUACCCCCAAUGGCCUGCGGCUCAGCAAAAGGAUCAAAAGGAUGAACCCCGACCAGGGAAAUGGGCCUUAG